UCUGCUCCCGGAGCCUGGCCCCGCCCCCCAGCCCCGCGGCGCAGCACGCACCCGGCGUCGCACAGGUGGGCGGGUUUUAGUGGCGCGGCCUGAGGGCGGCGGGAGUGUGUGCUAGCUCCCUCGGUGGUGGCCCACGCGGCUCGCACGCUGUGCGGGGCAACAUGGCGGACGCGGAAGUAUUUAUUUUGCCGAAGAAACAUAAGAAGAAAAAGGAGCGGAAGUCGUUACCCGAAGAUGAUGUAGCAGAGAUACAACAUGCUGAAGAAUUUCUUAUCAAACCUGAAUCCAAGGUGGCUCAGUUGGACACAUCUCAGUGGCCCCUGUUGCUCAAGAAUUUUGAUAAGCUAAAUGUAAGGACAGCACAUUAUACACCUCUUCCUUGUGGUUCAAAUCCUUUGAAGAGGGAGAUUGGGGACUAUAUCAGGACAGGUUUCAUUAAUCUUGACAAGCCUUCCAACCCCUCUUCCCAUGAGGUGGUAGCCUGGAUCCGACGAAUACUUCGGGUGGAGAAGACAGGACACAGUGGUACUCUGGAUCCCAAGGUGACUGGCUGUUUAAUCGUGUGCAUAGAACGAGCCACUCGCUUGGUGAAAUCUCAGCAGAGUGCAGGCAAAGAGUAUGUGGGAAUUGUCCGGCUACACAAUGCUAUUGAAGGGGGGAGUCAACUUUCUAGGGCCCUAGAAACUCUGACAGGUGCCUUAUUCCAGCGACCCCCACUUAUUGCUGCAGUAAAGAGGCAACUCCGAGUGCGGACCAUAUAUGAGAGCAAGAUGAUUGAGUAUGAUCCUGAAAGAAGAUUAGGAAUCUUUUGGGUGAGUUGUGAGGCUGGCACCUAUAUUCGGACGCUGUGUGUGCACCUUGGUUUGUUACUGGGAGUUGGCGGUCAGAUGCAGGAACUUCGGAGGGUUCGUUCUGGAGUCAUGAGUGAAAAGGACCACAUGGUGACAAUGCAUGACGUGCUUGAUGCCCAGUGGCUGUAUGACAACCACAAGGAUGAGAGUUACCUGCGGCGAGUUGUUUACCCUUUGGAAAAGCUGUUGACUUCUCAUAAAAGGCUGGUGAUGAAAGACAGUGCAGUGAAUGCAAUCUGCUAUGGGGCAAAAAUCAUGCUUCCAGGUGUUCUCCGAUAUGAGGAUGGCAUCGAAGUCAAUCAGGAGAUUGUGGUCAUCACCACUAAGGGGGAAGCAAUCUGCAUGGCUAUUGCAUUAAUGACCACAGCAGUGAUAUCUACCUGUGACCACGGUAUUGUAGCCAAGAUCAAGAGAGUAAUCAUGGAGAGAGACACUUAUCCUCGGAAGUGGGGUUUAGGUCCAAAGGCAAGUCAGAAGAAGCUGAUGAUCAAGCAGGGUCUUCUGGAUAAGCAUGGGAAGCCCACAGACAGCACACCUGCCACCUGGAUGCAGGAGUAUGUGGACUACAGUGACUCUGCAAAGAGAGAGGUGGGGGCCAGAGCGCUAGAAGCCGCACAGGAAGUUGCCGAAGUGGUGAAGGCCCCAAAGCGGAAGCGAGAGAGUGAAAGUGACGAGACCUCUGCGCAGCUGAUCAAGAAGGAGAAGAAGAAGAAGAAGGAUAAAAAGGCCAAAGCUGCUCGAGAGAGUGUGGACGACCCAGGAGACGGGAUGCUGUGAGGCUUUCUCUGUCUCCCAGGACAGCGACGGCACCAAGAAGAAGAAGAAAAAGAAGAAAAUAAAAGUGGAAGUGGUUUCUGAGUAGUGGACGCCGCUGUGAGCGCUGUGUCCACUUGGGAAGAGAAAUUAAAGCCUUAUUGCGAAAACAGAAUUCCUUUUGUUCUUGAGGGAAUGGAACACAGGUCCCAGAAAGGGUGGAGAGUUCUGGCACAUUCUAGCUGCUAUUUGAGGACUCAGUGACGUUCCUGGUGUGGUCAUUUCAUCCUGUCCUGUUUUAAGGAUAUGGGCGAAGGAAGCAGGUUUGAUGCCACCCACUUCUCCGCUUGGGAGAGUGGGGGAUCCUCUCCUUCAGAUCCAGCCCAGCCCAGGAACCAGCUGCGGCUGGUGCCCGAUGGCUGUUUUAACACCCUAGCGCUCUCCUGGUUCGCACCACCCCACAAUCCAUUUUAAAAGUUUCUAAACAUUGCUCAGUGAAAUGGUGUGGAGCAAGUAAAAGGAUAGAACUGAACCACGUUGUUUGCUGGGGGGAUAAAUUUUUUCUCCCAUGUCCUGUGAGGACAGUGGUCUGUCCUGGCCACAUGCGAGCCAUUGUGUCAGCUAUAUCCACUCCCGUCUCUGGCUUAGUGUCCUUUGUAUACUCCUUCAGAGCCUGUGUGUACAGCCUCACACGCCUGAAUUCAUCUGCCUACUUGUGUUUGUGACAGAAGCUAAAAAAGUGUUCCAUGUUCUCUUCUUUAUUAACUAAUCUCCUUUACUUUCAAAGGAUGCAAUCGCUUAUUGCUGGGAGAAGGUUGUACUUUUUACUUAUUAAAGUUUACUUGUUUUUAAGUAUCUCUUUUCGGGCUUUCUAAUUUGGGGGAUGUUACCCUAGUAGAACAAAAAAAUAUAAACUUUUGAUUAAAAAUCUAGGGAACUUGAUGUCCUAUUUGAAA